AUGAUCCAGGACACAGCACAUAAUUUCGAGGUCCAACUAUGCCGAGUGGAUGAGAAAAUGGCGCGCCUCACUACCGACAGUGCAAACGUCUUGAACUCAAAUAUCGAUCUGAAGGAUGAAAGAGAUGUCACCAAACAAUGUCUUCGUAUUUGCGAAGACGCAAAGUCGUAUAUCGACUCUCUGACGAAUCAAGAGCCGUCUCUUUUACACGAAGGGCCGCAAAGUGCUACCGAUGUCGGUCAGAGCUCCUUCGAGGCACAAGCGCUCACGCGUGAAGCGCAAGAUGAGAACCGCGAUAGCUUCGCAGCGACGAUCCACCAACUCCGCAAUCGCCUGGAAUCCCUGAUUAUAAAAAAUGACCCUAGUGACGAAAGCGAGAGAUUCCGUUUAUUAGACGACAUCAAUACUUCUAAGAAGUGCUUAGAGGUUUGCAAGAUGGCAAGCGAAGUUUCCACCCAAAAGAUAUAUAGGGUUGGGGAGCUGAUUGCAGAUGGCGACAGCGAUCAAGUUGUGGUGACUACCCUAGCGGAUCUAUUCGAUGUCAAGAAGGCGCUAUCCAAGGAUAAUUCAGCGCAAUUGGUUGGGUCAAUGACGGAAGAAGCACUUCACCAUUUGACUGAAAAGCGUUAUGGUAGCCGGUUUGGGGCGUUGGCCCGAGAAUCCGACGCUGAUGGCGCUGCUGGUACCGGAUUACAUCCAGCCAGUGAGACCAGAAAGGAUAAACUCUCCUUCACCUCUCCAAAAAGCUAUGAUAGGCAGUCGUCCGGACAGAGAAUCAGGCAGACGCCAUUGCCUAAUGAAGUAAGGAAGCGAUCAAUGAUGGACGAAGGAGAGCAAGACAUAGGCCAAUGA